AUGUUUGAUCUUUCCAAAACAUCAUUCAUAGGGGCCAAUCGAUGCAGUCCUCCGCUUACUCUUUUUCUACUUUGUUCAGGCGAUACCGUUGUUCGAAUUUCGGAAGGAAUCAAAAUGCCACAAACCCUUGCUCCGAAUGCUCAACCAACUCCCAGUAUACCGAUUUCUACCUCCAGAUUUAAGAUUGUUCCAGUAGAGUCUCAUUAUCAGCGAGGUCGUUGGUCUUGUUAUGAUUAUUACGGAAACAAUUCUAUAAAUACUGCUAAACAAAGGAAUGAUAAAGAUAAAAGUGCAGAAGGACUUCGGAUCGUAGUUCAGAAGCCACUGGGUUUCAAUUCAGAAAAUAAUCAAGUGCUUUUAGCACACUUUGUUUAUGUUUAUGCACCACAGAUAGUGUGCAGUAGUAUGAAAGCUGUCGAUAUAAAGAGGCUACGAAAUAAGAACCUUGAACAGCAAAAUUUGGCUUUUAAUGCUUCAAAUGGACUACCGAGGAGUGGUGGAGUAACGCCAAAUCCGUCGGUCACAGCCCCAACCUCUUGCGUUGAGCCAGUUAAAUUUGCAUUUGGAGACGAAUCAGAUUCUGAAAACUAUCUUUCAGCCAAGCAGAUUAAUAUUAGUCUUAUUCUUGCUCUUGUAGUUAUUACCAUCUUUAAUUUCAUUCUUUACCCACUAAUCAAUUAA